AUGGCCCGCCUGCCUGCUGCUAAGAGACGGCGCUUGUCGCCUCCCGACGAUGACGACUCCGCCAGCGACUCGCCCAACCGCUCUCUCGCCAAAUCCAGCUUUGCCAACUCGAAGUGGGACCUCGAGCAGGAUUACGAAAACCGCCCGCGCUCGUUGAACAAGAAGAAGGAGGCCAAUCGCCUGCCUAUAAAGACUCAGGAUGGUCGCAUAGAGCAGGUCCACGUCGCAGAGCCUGAGAAAGUCGAGGGAGACGACGACGACAGCUUUCUCGGAACCAGCAGCGACGAGGACAGCGAGGAAGAUGAGGGCGAAGAGGACGAGGUUGUCGUUGAGGCUCCAAAGAAAUCAGCUCGUCAGCAGAUUAUGGAAGCUAAAGAGGAGCUUGCGCGACUGGCCGAGCUGAUCAACGAGGACCCUGAGGAGCAUGUUGGCGUGCUGAAGCAGCUGGCCGAGCUCGCCAGCUCCGACAAUGUCACCGUCAAGAAGCUAGCCCUCGCCACCCAGGCUGCCGUCUACAAGGAUAUCAUCCCCGGAUACAGGAUACGCCCUCUGACUGAUGAUGCGCUGAAGGAGAAGCUCUCCAAAGAAGUCCGCCGUCUGCGCAACUUCGAGCAGGCUAUCGUCCAUGGAUACCAGGACUACGUCCGUGAUCUGGCUCAAUGCGCCAAAGGCAGCAAGCCCGGUUCCUCGGACAGUAUCGCCGGCCUGGCGACUGUUGCCAUCAGCUGUGCUUGCAACCUUUUGACCUCUGUGCCUCAUUUCAACUUCCGCGGAGACAUCAUAAAGAUCCUCGUCGACAAGCUGAGCACCAGGUCCAUCGACGGCGACUUCGUUAGGUGUAGGGAAACAUUGGAGAAGGUCUUCGAGGAUGAUGAAGAUGGCAAUGUCUCCCUGGAUGCCGUCACCAUGAUCACGAAAAUGCUCAAGGGCCGCAACUACAACGUUCACGAGAGUGUUCUUAACACCUUCUUGCAUCUGCGUCUCCUUUCCGAGUUCUCCUCCAAGGGUUCGUAUGAUAGGAUUGACAAGCCGGAAGAAGACCAGCCAAAGGGCAAGAAACCCAAGGAGAAGCGCGAGUUCCGCACCAAGAAGCAACGCAAGAUCAUGAAGGAGCAAAAGGCCAUCGAGAAGGAGAUGAAGGAGGCCGAUGCUGCAGUAAGCCACGAGGAGCGCGACAGAAUGCAGGCCGAGACGCUCAAACUCGUCUUUGUCGCCUACUUCCGCAUCCUCAAAUCCCGGAGUCCGUCUCUGAUGGGUGCCGUGCUUGAGGGUCUCGCCCGCUACGCACACCUCAUUAACCAAGACUUCUUCGGCGACAUCCUUGAAGCACUGAAGGACCUGAUCAAUGAUGCUGAGAGCCUUCAAGAUCAAGAUGAGGAGGAUGAUGAGGAUGAUGAAAACUCCAUCGGCGCCCGCAACGCCACGCGCGAAUCGCUUCUCUGCGUCAUAACAGCCUUCGCCCUCCUACAGGGCCAGGAUGCCAGCAAAGCAGCCUCCACCCUACACCUGGACCUCAACUUCUUCAUCACCCACCUUUACCGUACCUUGUACCCCGUCAGCCUCAACCCGGACAUCGAGCUCGGCGCAAACUCACUCCACCUUCCCGACCCGAACAACCCACACGCCCAUCAAUCCGCCUCUUCUUCCGCUCCCACCAACAAAGUCAAUGUCCAGACCACCACCGUCCUCCUCCUCCGCUCCCUCUCCUCCGUCCUCCUCCCAGCCACCGCCAUCCGCGCCGUCCCGCCCAUGCGCGUCGCCGCCUUCUCCAAGCAGCUCAUGACCGCGUCUCUCCACCUCCCCGAGAAGUCCUGCCUCGCCAUGGUGUCUCUGUUGUCCAAGGUCGCCAAGGUGCACGGCAGGAAGAUCGCCCCGCUGUGGCACACGGAAGAGCGCAAGGGCGACGGCGUCUUCAACCCACUGGGCAUGGAGAUCGAGAGUAGUAACCCCUUCGCGACGACGGUGUGGGAGGGCGAGAUUCUGAGGUGGCAUUUCUGCCCGGAUGUGAGAGAGGGGCUGGCGGCGAUUGAGAAGGGGGUUGUGGAGGGGACGAAGUAG